CAGAAUUCUGACUUUAAUCUCAGAAUUCUGACUUUUUUCUCAGAAUUCUGACUUUAAAGUCAGAAUUCUGACUUUAAAGUCAGAAGUAUGGGUACCUGUAAGGGACCAACAACACGGAGUAACUUUGCAUGAUGUAGCCGGAGAACCACAUGCUGACCAUGUCGGAUUUAAGUGAGUUUUUGCGAGUUCGAGGGGUCCCAGAUGAAGCAAUUUCAUUACUGGAAGAACAAAAGAUUGACAGUGACGUCAUCGGGCUCAUGGAUGAUGCAGCACUGGCAAAUUACAUCCCCUCCUAUGGAGACCGAAUUGCCCUCUUCAAUUACUGCAAAAGUAAAAAGCCCAUCUCAAAGCGAAAACAAGGCCUUUUAGAAAAACUUCGUGAGAAAAUGAAAGUCAGAAAGGAAGUCACCAAGGAAAACAUAUCACAUGCUGACACAAGACCAAUACAGACAAAGAAGCUAAAAACAACACGAAAUGUAGAGAUAGGAUGGAUUCACAGUGACGGUCACAUAGCCAAACAGGUGAGGGCAAAGCAGGGAGGUGGCACCAGAAAAAUUCAAUUGGCAGUUAAUGCGGGAUUAAAAGACAUCCUUCAAGAAGGAAAGAAACUUUUUUUCCCCGAUGGAAUAUCUCCUAAAGGACCAGAAUCAGAUUUUGAGUUUGAGGUUUGGGACUUCAAACAGAACCACCUUACUGUUGACACUUGCCUGUCCAUUGGCACUAUGUAUGAGACUGCAAGGCUCACAAUGUUGCGCUUUUACAUUGCCACAAAGCCAAAAGAUCUUGAAGAUGAUGCCAGCAAGACAUCUGAAGUCAUUCUUGUCUCUGCACACAGUGGCAAUGAAAUCAAUACAGCAGAACUACAAGUGGGAGAGGUCAUGCUUGGUUUUGAUAGAGUCCAGUCUUCCUUAAAUGUGUCUAUGGACUCUGAAAUUACCUUUGGUCCCAUUUACGGCACUGAAGAAGACACAGAGGACACGUUGAUCUAUGAGGGCUUUCCUAUGCCUACCAGUCCAGCUCCAGCAGAGGAUCUGAUAAUGGUCACCAUACAUCAUGCUAACACUUUAAAUGACAUGAUUACAGCUUUCUCGGAUGAAGAGAUUUUGAACAAAGCACUGAAUGUGAGACGCAUACUUCCAGACAACAAAGAAGAAGCAGGCAGCGGAUCUGGGGUAUUGAGAGAUGUUCUCAGCUGCUUCUGGCAGGAAUUCUAUGAUCGAUGUACACUUGGUACAACAGUUAAAGUGCCCUUCAUUCGUCAUGACUUCCCUGCUGAAACAUGGAAGGCAAUUGGCAGAAUCCUUGUGAAAGGUUACCAAGAUUGUCAAUAUUUGCCAAACAAACUUGCACUACCAUUCCUUGAACAAGUGCUUUACAACAGUGUGUAUAGUGAUCUUAAAGCACAUUUUCUGCAGUUUGUGAGCAGCCAAGAACGUGAGGUUUUGAUGCAAGCGAUGAGUAAUUUGUCGGCAGUUGACUCUGAUGAUCUUGUGGAAGUUCUAGACAGCUAUGACUGUAGAAGGAGAAUCACAGCGGAGACUCUUCCUACAAUAGUUGAUGAAAUAUCGCAUAAAGAACUUGUCCAAAAACCCAUGUUUGUUAUUGACUGCUGGAGGGAGAUCACCCAUCAUCAUCAUCUCUCUCUCAGUCCAGAAGCACUGACCAAGUUGUUCUCUGACCUGCAACCAACCACAAAAAAGGUCUGCAAGCUGCUGAAAUUUGACGUUGAUUUGACUACAAAACAGAAGGAAGUCAUAAAUCAUCUGAAAAGAUUCAUCAGAGAGCUAGAUGAAAGUAAACUUCAGAAAUUCCUGCGGUUCUGCACUGGAUCUGAUCUCAUAGUUACAGGCAGCAUCUAUGUGGAAUUUGAAGAAAUGACAGAGUUCACAAGACGACCAGUUGGGCACACAUGUGGGAAGAUUCUGCAUAUAGCUGACAGCUAUGAGAACUUCCCAGACUUUCGCUCAGAAUUUAAUGCAGUUCUUGAAAGCAAUGUCUGGGUAAUGGACAUUGUUUAGAUUGAUAAAACCAAUCCGACAACAAGCCACCUUAAAGACUUCACAUUUGAACUAAUGCAGGAUUUCAAGGAUAGAAAUGCAAGGAAGGAAUAGAUACUUAGGACAUCCUGUAUAAUAAGCACUUCAGCAUGACCCUUAAUAGUCAGAGACAGCUUAUUCCAGCUGUGCAGAAGGAAGCCCAGCUUUUGUUACAAAAACUAUAUAAUCAUUAGUUUCAUGUGUUUUGGUGGUGCAUUCACAUACCACAACAAACUGUUAUACUGACCUAUAUCAAAGCCAGAAUCAUCUACACCAGAUUAAGUUAUCCAGCUGUACAACACAAACCAUCUUGCUGGACAGAAACAUGUUUUGUUUGUUUAAUUGGGGUUAAGGAUUCUAUUCCAACAACAGAAACAACUGUGGCAUGCUUCAUCACUGCUUUAUCCAGUUAGCUAUAUCAGCUAUAGGAUUUUUUUGUAAGUUUUAAAAUAAUGGCCCACGUGA